AUGAGUUUAAUAAACAAUUAUCAAAUUGAUAAAAUAAAUAAUGAUGAUUCUGUUGAAACAAAAACAGAUUUAAUAAAUAUACUUGAUGAUGAUUGUUUAUCAAUAAUAUUAUCGUAUCUUCAACCACUUGAACUUGUUGAAAUGAAAAAAGUUUGCCAACGUUGGAAUUAUCUGACAGAAUUAGCUUGGAUUUUUAUCAAAAAAUUUGAAUGUACUACUCCAAUUUUUGGCUAUAAAAAUAAUUGGCAAUUGGUAAAGUCUGAUAAAUUAGAAGAUGUCAUUAUAUAUGGUGGUCGUUAUUUAACACAUUUAACAUUAAAAAAUGUAUGUGGAUCUAAAAUUUUACCAUUGAUACGUGAUCAUUGUCACAAUCUUGUUAGACUUGAAUUAGUUUUAAACGGAAUGCGUUAUAAGGAUAUAGAACAUUUUGAAAAUGCAUUUACUAAAAUGAAUCAACUGAAUUACAUAUCAAUUAACAUGGAUCCAAUAUGUUAUUGGAAUAAUGAAUGGUUGUAUAGAGCUAUUUUAUCAACUCUUCAUACAUCUAUCAAUGAAAUUCAUUUACCAUCACUACGUAAUUCUGAUACAUAUGAAUAUAGGGAAUGCAAUCCUCGAUACGUUAAUUGCUGGAUAAAAAAAUUUAAUAAUCUCCAAGCAUUGACAUUGCAUUAUCAAGCAACACAUGACAAUGAUAUAUUAAAAAUAUUAAAUUAUAAAACAUUAUUACAUUUGUCAUUGAGCAAAGGAACAUUUACAAAUUAUUCAUUGAUAACAUUAUCUAAUUUCAUAAAUUUAGAAUAUUUAGAUUUAUCAUAUAUGUGUUAUGUUUAUGAUGACGUAGUUUUCAAUAUUGCUAACAACUGUUGUAAAUUAAAAUAUUUGAAUUUAAAAAAGUGCGUUUUAGUUACUGGGAUUUCUAUAAACAAAUUAGCAAAACUCAUAGAUUUGGAACAUUUAAUUGUUGAAAAGUUAAAUCUCUAUGAAAAUUGUAUUUAUAAUAUUGCAAAUAAUUGUAAAAAUCUAAAGAGUUUAAAUAUAUCUGAUAGUAAAUAUGUGCAAAAAUCAGAUAUUAUGAAAAUUGGUGAAUUAAAAUUUUUAGAACACUUGGAGCUUUGUAAUUUAAGUAGUGUUGAUGAUGAUGGAUUGAUAAAUAUUAUUCAUAAUUCUUGUAAUUUAAGAUACUUGGAUAUAAAAAAAUGCUAUAAUUUAACUAAGAAUGCUCUUGUUGAGAUUAGAAAAUUAAAAAAGUUAGAAACACUUAUAGUAACUCGUGUUCAUGAUAUCGAUGAUGAAUUUAUUUCUCAUUUAUACAAUUUAAAAUAUUUAAAUUGCAUGGGAUCUAAAGUAACUGAUGUUGGCAUCAAAAAUGUUAUUAAAAAUUGUCCAAGUAUUGGAAAAUUAUGUGUUAUUGAUACUAAAAUCACUGUUGACAGUCUAUUUUUUGCUGCUCAAGAAGCAAAUAAACGUUCAGCUAAUAUCAUUCUAACAAUUGAAGUUGAUACUGUCAUCAAAAAGAAAUAUAAAAAAAUUUCUCGAACUAAUUCAAAUUUUUUGUUUAAAAUUAAAAGACCAUAUUAUUAAAAUUCAUAAUUUUUAAAUAUUACAUUUACAAUUAAUUGAUUGAUCAUUAUAAUUUUCAUAUCAACCAAUGAAUAAUUUUUCUAAUAUUUAUUAUAAAAAAUAAGUUGAAUAAACAACAAGUUAAUAAUAAAAAAAUAUAUUUUGUAUUGAUAUUUAAAAUAAAAAAUUAAUAAACAUUG